CGCAACAAGCGAGCGUGCAGCGGCUGGCAGCGGUCAGGGGCCGGCAGCCCCGCCAGCCUUGGCGGCGGCUGCGCGCGACGCUCCGGGGACCCGAGGUAUCAGCGGGGCCACCACUUGCGGCCCGCCCGGCCGCCUGCUGCGGGGCUCUGACGGCUCCGCCAAGCACCAUUGA